AUGCGCGGAUUUGGUGUUUGCGUCUUCAUAGCGACGGCAUGCGCCCUCGGUCCCCUUCGACGGGUUGUCAAUGACUACAGCCGAAAACACACGCCUAGCAUCACCGCCGUACACGCCGCGCCCUCGGCGGCGGUGGCCGACUCCUCGUCAAGAAGCAAGCGCGACGAGGGCAUGUGGCCGGGCGACUUCAACAUCACAGACUUCGAGCAGACCUUUGUGCAUUCGACCAAGCCCGACGACUGGAAGAGCUACCCCGUCGAGUGCGGCCACAAAUUCACAAACUACGUCACCAAGGGGUACUACGAAGCCCGGGACCGCUUCAAGAAGCAUGGGGGCCGCCCCAACAUGAAGGCCGGGCCGAAUGCGUGCCAGCAGAUUAGCUGCAGCGAGGCCACUGCCGUCAAGCUCUGCAACGAUGCAAGUCCCUCAAUUUCCCCGAAGGCCCCCCUGCACCUCGUACUCGGCUGA